AUGGCCCUUCGCAUGAUGUACAGCAAAACAUUGCGGCUAAAGCAAUUUAACCCAUUUUGCGUCGGCAAUUGCCUAUCUCAACAUCUACCGAAUGUGGCCAUCACACCAAUCCGCUUGUCGUCUUUCAGCUCCUCGGAGCCGGUAGGCAAUAUCGCUCAGUUUCCAGAGGUGGAAGUGGUCCGAAACCCUCCGGAGUGGAAGUAUGUCGAACGGAUACUAGCGCCACGGACAGUACCGGCACCGCGGUCAAAAGAGAGCUACCCUUCCGGAUGGCAACCACCGAGCCCACAGGCCGGGCUAAAGUAUACUGUGCUGCGAACGAAAAAUCAUAUGCUGCCGGUCUACCUUCAACGUUCCUUCCGUGGACAGCGCCGUAUAACGGCCGUGCGGCGUGUGGAGGGCGAUGUUUGGCAACUGGAAGCGGAAUUGCGGUACCUAAUCGAGAAGCAACUUAAUCGACCGAUCAUCACACGCGUUAACGAGAUGACGGGCCAGAUUGCGCUUAAAGGUGACCACGUGGCCGUGGUCGAAAAGUUCCUGUUAGAGAAAGGAAUGUAAGGGUGCGUAUGGUAACUAUCCAAAUAAAAUCUGUUAGCUCCGUA